ACGGAUCGAGUUGGUACCACAAAGAGAGGCACAGGAGUGUGCGUGGUUGCCAUCUCUCUCACUCUGUCAUGCACAAUAUCUAACUCUAUAAGAAGGCUUUGCGUGGUCUUGGGUAUUCAUAUAUCUAUCUAGCUUAGCCUUCUUUUCUGAGCUAGGUAUUGAAAAUGGGGACGAACUAUGUUCUCGCUCUGCUCUUGGUUCUGAUUCUCAACUUGGGAAGUUUCCUCACUUCUCUAGCAAACGCUCCCUACUGUGCACCACCGACGUACCCUCCAAAGUUCCCUCCCAAACACCCUCCUCAUGUUAAACCACCCAUUCACCCUAAACCACCCGUACACCCACCGCAUGUGAAACCACCAGUAAAACCACCGCAUGUGAAGCCUCCCUACACUCCCAAACCACCAGUGAAACCACCGCAUGUGAAGCCUCCUUACACUCCCAAACCACCCGUAAAGCCACCGCAUGUGAAACCUCCCUACAUUCCCAAACCACCGGUAAAACCGCCGCAUGUGAAGCCUCCUUACAUUCCCAAACCACCGGUGAAACCGCCGCACGUGAAGCCUCCUUACAUUCCCAAACCACCGAUUGUCCACCCACCCUUCAUCCCAAAACCACCAAUCGUGCACCCACCCUUCAUCCCAAAACCACCAAUCGUGCAUCCACCUUUCAUCCCUAAACCACCAAUUGUCUACCCACCAGUUAUGCCCAAGCCCCCCGUGUACCCUCCACCGGUGUACCCAAGUCCACCCCCAACACCUGUCGUGACCCCUAGCCCGCCUCCGCCACCAACAGAGACACCCUGCCCUCCUCCACCACCUAAAGUAGUGCCAUACCCACCGCCACCGCCAAAGGACACGUGUCCGAUCGACGCUCUCAAGCUAGGAGCUUGUGUAGACGUUCUCGGUGGGCUGAUUCACGUUGGGAUUGGGGGCAAUGCUAAAGACGCUUGCUGUCCUGUGCUUCAAGGACUGCUGGACUUGGACGCCGCCAUUUGCCUCUGCACCACCAUCAGGCUCAAGCUCCUUAACAUCAACAUCAUCAUACCCCUUGCUCUUCAGGUCCUCAUCGACUGUGGGAAGACUCCACCCGAUGGAUUCAAGUGUCCUUCAUAAGCAGCUGUCUGAGUCUCUCGCGCUCUGACGUGGUUCGAGGUUUUCAAAUCUUGAUUCAUAGUAGGGUUUUCAGUAAUAUCUGGCAGUUAAUAAUAGCAUGUACGUAUGUGAUCCACCGAGCAUGAAACUUUGGAAGUACAACUACUUCAUGAGGUUACUUAAUUAAUGUCUGUAAUCUGGUUUAUGUUUUCUUCAUUCUGGGUUUAUCUCGAUAAUUGUAUAUCAGAUCGAUAUGCUGUGGCAAAAGUGUUCAUGUUGAUUUGAUAUAAUCAGAAUAUGUUUGUUCUAUUUUGGCC